AUGGCACAAAUCGGCCCAUUGCGACGGGAUAUCAUCGAGUAUAUUCGAGAAAGUUGCAAAAAGGAAGAUCUCGAUCCUCCAGUCCCACGAGAAUAUGGAGAUAUCCCCGUCUCAUAUGAAGUUAUCACUAAAGAAUGGCUGACCGCGACCUUGGCCCGAGAUGCUUUCGGAUCAACUGUCAAGAACUUCAGGCUAGGUCCGAAAGAUAACGGGUCGGCAAAUCGGCGCCGCAUCGAAAUCGAAUGGGAUGGCCCUCGAGCAUUCGACCUCCCAACUUCAGUCUUCUGCAAGGCAGCUCACUCUGCGGAAAAUCGUAUUGUCCUAGCUGCAGGAGGUACCUACAGUGAGGUCUUUUUCUACAAUAAUAUACGGCCUCAGCUCAGUAUUGAAGCGCCAUGGGCAUAUUAUGCCGGUUAUGACCCAAAAUCAUGGGCUGCCAUGGUGAUCUUAAAGGACAUGGGUGGGGAGACGACGUUCUGUAAUUACAAGACAAGCUUAACCAAGGCUCAGUUCGCCGAGCAGGUUCAAAUGUUGGCAAGGUUACACGGCCAGUACUAUCAGUCUCAGCACCCGGAAUUUGAACGGUUGCUCGUUUAUCAAGACCGGAUCAGUAACCUGAUAGCGGUUGGACUUGAGAACAUGUGCGUCAAUGGAUUCAGGGCUGCAAAGGCGGUAAUUCCCUCACGCCUAUUUGCGAGGGAGAGUGAAAUUUGGCCUUGCACGCUCAAGUCAGUUGAGCGCAAUGCUGCGCUUCCACCGACGGUGGUUCACGGGGAUGUCCACCUUGGCAACUGGUACAUAACACCCAAUGGUCGUAUGGGCCUCACAGACUGGCAGACGGUAGCCAGAGGACACUGGUCCCGUGACCUGGCGUACGUCCUUAGUACAGCUGUAGAUGUCGAGAAGCGUCGCCAGUGGGAGCACGGAAUGGUUGAGAUGUAUGUGUCAGAGCUCAGGAAACAUGGAGGCCCCAAGAUUGGUGUCCAAGAAGCAUGGCUUGAACUACGAAGACAGUCAUUUGGUGUACUGGCUUAUUGGACGCUGACUCUUACGCCCGGUGAGAAUCUGCCUGACAUGCAAACGGAAGAGGCGUGCCUAUGUUUUAUUGAGCGCAUAUGUACAAUGAUGGACGAUCAUGAUGUGCUUGACGCUUUUUGA